AUGGUUUUAGAUACUAAUGUGUGGGAUACAAAGUCACAACAAUUUCAUGGUGGGCAAGAUUGGAAAUUUUUAGAUAAUUUUGUAGAAGAUUUUUCAGUUACUACUAAUGCAUUAGGUACACCAAAAGAAGCUUUGGAAGCAUCAAAAGAUUCAUUGGCACUCCCAUUGGACUGGACCAUUGGACCUAUUGGACCAUUGGGCUGGACAUGUCCAG